CUCCAACUUUUGCACCACCAAAUAAGGGGAGGGAAAAUGUAAGGGUCUUGCUGCAGCUGCUAGGACGCACUGAGUACUGCUUUGAUACAAGUGUAUCUAAUGUCCCCAGCACAAGGGACUUAAGGGGCGCCACACAUUCUUCUCCAUUUUCCCUGCAGCUCGCAGAGGUGGCGGUUGAGUUUAGAAGACCUUGCCAAGCAGGCCGACACCAUGCUGCGCGCUCCCAAGUGUUCUAGGUGCCGGAACCAUGGCUUUGUGGUACCGGUCAAGGGCCAUGCAGGCAAGUGUCGCUGGAAGCAGUGCCACUGCGAGAAGUGCAACCUCAUCAUCGAGCGCCAGAAGAUCAUGGCCAAGCACAAGAUGCUCGUGAAUCAGGCGGCCGAGGAUGGGCAGGAAGCGGUCCUGGACGCGCAGGCACCCCCGCCAGCUGCCAACCCGGGGCCAGGCCUGCGCCCGCCAGCUCUAUUGCCCCGGCCGGGGCCUGAGACCUCCCGCUUCCCGGUGAGGCCCCUGCGAGGCCAGAGCCCCGGGCCCAGUGCCUUCUGGCCUUCCCUGGACAACCACGGGCAGGGCCAGGUAGGGCUGCCCAGCCGCAGGCCGCCCCAGCUCGGGUCCGAGGCCGCUGGCAAGCUGUGCCCUGGCCACCCGGAGCCACUGAGGCCCGCCUCCAGCCUGCUGUUCGUGGACUUCGGGCACCCUCUGAGCAUUAACUUGGCCUCCAUGGUGGGGGCUGAGUACCUGGAGAGAGAGCCUUCCAAGCUGUACCUUGGCUACUCCACCAUGUACUCCUACCACCAGUUCCCACUGGGCUACCAGGAUGCAUCCCCAGCCAUGCAGAAGGGCUUCCGGCAUGCCCCCUGUGCCAGCUACCAAGGAGGAGUCUUGACAACCAGGCUUCGGAGGUGCCUAGUGAGCCCCACCCACCCUCAGCUCAGGAGCAGUCUGACUAAGCCCACCGCCUUCCAGGCCAGUUGUGGAUGUCGGGGAUGGCAGCAGGGAUUUUCUCGUCUGUGUUUAGUGUUGUGCAAGGAGGAAGGAUAUUGAGAGGUGUAAGGUGGGAGCUAACUCCCAUUUUGAGCCAGAAGGAAGGAGGGUGGUUUCUGAGGUCUCUGACCCCGAAUCGUGGGGCUGUAGAGACAGAGGGGGAGGACAUGGCAAGAGGAAGCCAGGGCUCUGAGGAGUGGGGCUGGUGGAGCUCACAUUGGAAAUGAAUUUAACCGUCCUGAGUGCUGUUCAGCAGAGACACUCAGGGGCAGCCUUUGACCUCUUCAGGUGCCACUCAGGACAGAAGGUACCAUUUAUUUCAGCCUUCUGAGGCACCACUGCUAUCAGGUGCAGCAGCCAGGCCUGGGGUGUUGACAGCAGGUUCUGCAGCGUCCUUGCCUUUGCCUGGCUGUGCCCCUCACCCCUUUGCUGGAAGACGACCUGACCAAUGAAGCCACUUUACUGCUCUCCACCAAGUUUAAGCUACGAUAGGCCUCAUUUUUGGUUUAAAAAUCUGUUCAGGUUUCAUUAUUUGAUGUUUUUAUAUCUGGGAGCACUGAUGCCGUUUUCUGAGAAUUAAAUGAGCCGUGACAUCAGGGGUUUCUUCUCUGGGGACACUUGACUGUUGAAAUAAAAUAGCAGAAAUCCUGGCAGAAGGUGUGCUCUCUUUAAUCCGCAUGGGAGGCUAUGUCAGGCAAGAGUGUAGGUCAGGCUGGGAGAGCCUGGUACAGGGCUCGUCACAUGGGCAAGUCCUUCCCAUUCCCCAUUCCCCUUUGACUUAGUUAUCAAGUCAAGGUCAGGCCAGGCUAGAUUUCUCUAUUAUGGUUUUAAGAAGUGGAGACUCUUUGAGGAAAUCUGAUACAGACAGACAAAAUGUAAAGGUUUCUUUUAGUUUCCCUUCUCUAGCCACUUUUAUGGUCCCUACAGAGGAACAUGGUUCACAAAACCAGAACUUGGGUCCUGUUCUGCUGUUUUAGGGUCCUGGGCCUUGUCCCUCAGUUUCACUUCUUUAUUUAAAAAAACAUUGUGUGUCUUGACUACAUCCAGAACCUGGUCCUCCCCAGCUCUGCCAGUGAGGAGCACAGCAUCCAGUGAGGGAGACAGUGCCUGAACAGAGAGGGCAGAGGGGUGAGGGGGGCCAGAGAAAGCCUUGUGGUGGAGCUGCAGUCUCACCACUUCUCAGAGGGCAGGUGAGUCAGGUGAAGCAGAGGCAUGGGUACUUCCAGUGGGUGUGGCAGGAAGAGCUGCAGUGGAGGGUCCAGGUGGGGGGCUGGAGCUGGCCUCAGGAGUGAAAGCUGACCCGCUUGCUGUGGCAUCUGUGGCCUGGGUGUCUGCCAUCCCCCUGGUCCUGCGACAGCUGCAGGACCACUGAGAAGGGAUGGAGGGCCCCAGGCCUGGCUCUGUCUAUUGCAUAAGGACUCUGUUCCUCACAUGCUGGCUCUGGGAAGGGGCCAGGGGCCUGGCUUAGCCUGUCCUGCUGGUACAGUAGGCCUGGCUUAGUGACCCCUUUUCAUUACACUUUGGUUUUAGAAAGUCUUUUGAACCAGACUGCACCAGUCAAUAAAGCCGUUUUCCCAAUGUGGUCAGCACUCACAGGCCUGCCGAUGACCACAGGGAAGCACCAGGACAGCACAGUGUGUGCAAGGGAGGGGUGCGUCCCGCUUCUGCAUCCUGGCCUCAGUCCUGCAGGUCUGCAGUCCGACCUGGCCCGGUCCCUUCCUGCACCAGGGGCUCUCGCCUGGUUCCUUGCCCCGCUGAGUUUGGGACCCGUAAGCCUGGAGCCUCCCGAGGCCCCGCUCUCCAGCAGCAGCAGCAGCUGCAGUCACAGCACGGG